AUGUUGGGCGAGGGAACCUCACCUGCCUGCGGUGGAUUUAACCUCCUCCAAGGCUGCUGUUGGAGCAGGCACAGGAGGAUCCAACCUGAGACGUCACGCCCGGAGGCAUUCCCUCACAGACAGCAAGCAGAAGGGAGUCGUCUUGGGACCAACCGAUCCUGCUUACAGAAGAUUGGCCCAGGAGUAGCAACUUUGCCCCAGCUAGAGCCUCCAGUUGUCCAGGUGGUGGUCAGUAAUGCCAAGAAUCAGCACCAGCAGCAGUCGGACCAUAUCCUGCCCCAAAUUGUCAAUCAGGGGGUCCACAACUACUAUCAGACAAGCACUGUUGAGAGGCCAAAGCCCACUCAGCACUUCACCAUGCGAUUUGGUGCCACCAUGGAUAAAAUAUCCGUCUCUCGCAACAACAAACUCUUCAGCAACAGGCUGAAUAAAGAAAAGCCACCGGAGGGUCGCAGGCUACCAAUGUCUCCUACAGAUUCAAUCAACAACUUCCAAGAUCGUCUGACUGAGUUUGAGAGGGAGGAAAUAAUGGACUACGCAGAGAUCUGGUUCCUCGGGCUGGGCUCUCAGAAAAUCGAGGGUUCCCACAAUGCACCGCAGAACUGUGGAUAUGAUGAUGAGCAUGGGAGCUACAUCAGGGUACUGCAUGACCACAUCGCCUACAGAUUUGAAGUACUUGAAGUAAUUGGAAAAGGCUCCUUUGGGCAGGUUCUGAAAUGCUUGGACCACAAGACCAACGAACUUGUAGCCGUUAAGAUGAUACGCAACAAGAAGAGGUUUCAUCACCAAGCUUUAGUUGAGCUGAAGAUCUUGGAUGCGAUAAAGAGGAAAGACAAAGACAACGUUCACAACGUCAUCCACAUGAAGGAGUACUUCUACUUCCGAAAUCACCUCUGCAUCUCCUUUGAGCUUCUCGGGGUGAACUUGUACGAGCUCAUCAAAAAGAACAACUUCCAGGGCUUCAGUGUGGCUCUCAUCCGUCGCUUCACACAUGCUCUGCUGAGAUGCCUGCAAAUGCUCCACAGAGAAAAGAUCAUACACUGCGACCUCAAGCCGGAGAACAUCCUUUUGUCUCAAAGAGGACCAGGGAACAUCAAGGUGGUUGAUUUUGGAUCAAGCUGUUAUGAACAACAAAGAGUGUACACAUAUAUCCAGAGCCGCUUCUACCGCUCCCCAGAGGUCAUCCUGGGUCACCCCUACAGCAUGGCCAUUGACAUGUGGAGUCUGGGCUGCAUCCUGGCUGAGCUCUACACCGGGUACCCUCUCUUCCCGGGGGAGAGUGAAGUGGAGCAGAUCGCAUGCAUCAUGGAGCUUCUUGGAAUGCCUCCUAAUGAUUUUGUCCAGUCCGCAUCCAGGAGGAGAUUGUUCUUUGACUCAAAAGGAAAUCCCAGAAACACGACUAAUACGAAGGGGAAGAAACGAAGACCCAAUUCCAAGGAGCUGUCAACGACACUGAAGACAAACGACGUUUUAUUCUUAGACUUCAUCACACGCUGCCUCACAUGGGAUCCGACUAAACGCAUGACCCCAGAUGAAGGUUUACAGCAUGACUGGAUCCUGGAGGGGAAUUUCAACAAGGUGAAGCCCAGAACUAAACCAUCAGGGAAAAAAAACGCAGACAGCGUGAUAGCCGCAGAGCAAAAUGGUGAACACAAUUACAGGAAACAAGCUACGUGCAAAUCUGCAGAGAGGUUGGGCUCCGAAGAAAACAGUGACGAUGACAAGCUGAAGAGACACAGUUCAGGCGCAAAGACGACUCCGGGUGAGCGUCUGCGGCCUCUCGGGGCUUCGGCAGAGGACGAGCUGUGUGAAAAUGAGGAUUCGAAAUUUGCCGAUUGAGAGGUGGCUGUUCGUAUCUUCGUCAAACCUCAGAAGGAAAAAGGGCAGAGAUUCAAGAGAGCCUCGUCCCCUCUCGGUGUUUGCC